UAGUUAGGCUAGGUCAUACAGUGGCAAUCUAAUUUGAUAUCAAAUUUGCCAUUCAGGAUAUUCGAGCAUAAGAUCUUUCACUUGUAAAUGAAAAAGAAUAUUUUCGAAGCAUACUAUUGAAUGUGUUAUUUCUCCCCUCUUAAUUUAAUAAAGAUACCAGAUACUCAUUUCUCCACACACACACACAUAAAAACUCCCACCCACUCUCCCUCUCUUCACUGCAAAACCCAAACAAAGAAGAAGAAGACAAAGCUUCCCCUUUUGGCCAGUGCAGAAGAAGCCUUUGGGUUCCCAGAAGAAGAACAUCCAUCCCUUUCAAUUUUGCACCCAGCAAUCAAAAGAUUCCAUUUCCUCUGAAAUGCAAUAAAGAUCCCUGAUAUUUCUCCGUGUACCCACUUCUUGUAUAAACACAUUUCAACUGACAAUUCGAUUUGGUGGGUUUGAAUAGUAAAUGUUUUAAAUGAGGUGCAAGAAGCACCUCCCCGACCUCACCAGCACCCUCGGCGUCUGCGCCUCCUGUCUCCGGGAGCGCCUCGCCGCCAUCAUCGAGGCCCAAACCCAGGCCCAGGCCCAGGCCCAGCUCUCGAGACUCCACUCCCGGACACCCGCCGCGCCGCUCGAUGAACCCAACCGCAAGUCCGAUGCCAACCCUCGGCCGCUUAUUUUCCCCCGCUCCGUCUCCCCUUACGUCUCUCGAAGAAAAUCGGACGUCUCAACGUGGCACCAGCACCGGAUUCGAUUCUACAGUACGCCUCAGGUGGGCCCCACAUAUGCCACCGCCAACUCCACCUCCACCUCCACCAUUGAAGGUUCGUGUAAGAAGAGCAAGGCCCGGUUUUCGCUCCUAUCGAGUCUUUUUCGAUCCAGAUCCGUCAAGUUCUGGUCGGGUCCUAGUGAUUCGUCGCUUCCGGCCAUUUCUUCGUCGUCGGCUUCGUCGCCCUCGUGGUUCUCUUCGAUCUUCGCCAGAAAAACGCGGAAUCGGUCGAAGCAUCUCUACGUCGACGAGUCAUCCGGUUGCCAGAGACCUCGGGGAUUGUCGCCGGACGUAACGCCCAAUCGCUUCGAAGACUGCGAUCGAUUGCGGCCGGGAAGCGGUGACUCGUCGGCAACGACGCCGGAGUGGAAGAAGACGCCGGCGCUGGCCCCGCAGUCGACGCGGAGGGCACGUGCCGGGCAGGGAAAGAACAACAUGUCGGGCCUUGCGUUUUGCCUUAGCCCGCUGGUUCGAGCCAGCCCGAACCGGCACUGGAACCAGAAGGGAUUGCCACCUGAGAUAGCCGGCGAGAUUCGUGUCGCGGCGUCGUUCUGCAAGAGCCGGUCUAGGAAGCUGGCGGAUUUCGGUAGAGCAAAUCCUAACCGUUGAUCGUGCAGACUGUUGUGGAGCCGUUGACAACCCCGCCGUUGUGUUUAUGGCGUUCCUAGUACGAAAAUACGAUGUUGCCCCUCCACCCUUAGUGUUUUUAUUUUUUUAUUUUUAAACAUAUGGAUGGUAACUAUAAGUUAAUGUUGGGUCCUCUUUUGUGUACAGUGAUGUUUUUGUUACUUGUUGGUUAUCAAUAUCACAGGACAGUUUUUUUU